AUGGAUAAGAUAACUUUACGUUCAAAUUUAAAUAAUAAUACAAAAAAUCCUAUACAAAAUAAUUUUUCAACAAAGUAUACUCAAGAAAUGUCUAUAAAUUUAAAUAAAACUACAGAGAAUAAAAAAAAAAGUAAAGUAAAAAUUUUUACUUCAAAUGGAAAAAAAAAGGUUAAUAAAGUUGGAAAAGUUUCUAGUCUUAAAACAAAAGUGGAAAAAAAUGAAAAGAAAAAAGAUUUUUUGACAAAAAAAACACAAAUAAUUUUAAAUUGUACAAAAAGUUUAGAAAAAAGUUCUUUACCAAGUAGUCAAACAUUCGAAAAAGAAAGUUGUAAUAAUGUUGUAACUGAAAACAAAACAAAUUAUAUUCAAAUUUAUGGUGAAAUUAAAUCAGAUACAGUAAUAUUAGAAAAUGAAUUAUAUAUAUAUUGUAAUAAUUUUGAUUAUGAAGAAAUUAAUUAUGAUAAAUAUAUAAAUAAUUUUGAUUUUACUCAAAAAGAAAAAUAUGAUAUUUUUUAUAAUCCAUUACCAAUUAGACCAUUAAAAAUGCGUGGUCGACAAUUAAAUUUUUAUAAAGCUGUACAAAGUAUAAAAAAUCAAAAAUAUUCAAUUGAAUGUACUUGUAAAAAUAUACGAAAUCCAAUUGUUAAAAAGAUUGAAAAAAAAUCAUAUGGUGUAUAUAGUAAUACUAAAAAUGCAUUUAAAGUUUUUUUUAGAAAAUCAACAGGAAAAAGUUUUGUUGAACGAUGUGCAUUUUGGCCUUCAAAAAGUGAAUAUUUUUUUUAUCAAACAAAUAAAAUGAUUGGAAUGAGUUAUCAACAACAAAUUGACAGUGAAGCAAUUUAUAUAAAAGGUUAUGGAUUAAGUUAUGAAGAAUUAAAUUCAAAAAUGAAUCCAAAAAAUAUGGUUAUUGAUAGAAAAGUUUAUUUAGGUUCAGAAGAAUAUCUAGAUGGAGGAAACUUUUUAUUUGGUUAUAAUCAUCCAUGUUUUUUUUUAACAGAUCCAAUAGAAUUUUUUUUUAUAAAAUCGUCAGAAAAAAAUGUAAUUGCAUGUGCAUAUACAGAAUUAAAAAGACAACCAAAAUAUAUAUUUAUAUAUUCUCAUCCUAAUGCAAUGGAUUUAUCAGAUUCUAUUUGUGGUUUUCCAAAUAUAUCUGAUUUAGCUCGAUUUUUAGAAGUAAAUUUUAUAACAUAUGAUUAUUCUGGAUAUGGUAUUAGCAAUGGUAAACCUUCAGAAGAAGUUUUAAAAGAAAAUUUAAGAGCUGUUAUUGAAUAUGUUGUCAAAAAAAGAAAAUAUAAUCUUGAAAGAAUUGUAUUAUUUGGUUAUUCUAUUGGAGGUUCUUUAUCAGCAAUUAUUGCAACAGAAUAUCCUAAUUUAGGUGGUUUAAUUUUACUUGGAGCACCAGCAUCAUUAGGUACUAUUUUAAGAUAUCAAUUAUUAAAGUCAAAUAUUAAAGUAGAUGACGAUAUUUGUGAUAAUGUUUUUAAUACUGUUAAAGCUAUAUCAAAUGUUGAAACACCAACUUUAAUUAUUCAAUCAAAAGCUGAUAAAAUGGUUCCACAUUCAAAUGGUUUUGCUAUAUAUAAAAAUGCAAAAAAUCCAUUACCACCAUAUUUAUUAUUAGAUAUAAAACAUAAUUAUAUGGAUACUUCUGCUGAAGCAUUAUUAAAAAUAAAAGAAUUUAUUCAAUAUAAUUUAAAACAAGAUCCUCUUUAA